CCCUCCCAGAGGCGGGACUUCCGGGCUGAGAGGCCGGGUUGCUGGGUAACGCGGCCGGAGCGGUGCCAGUCCCGGCUCUGCUCGCGAACAACCGGGGCUAUGGCGGCUCUCGGGAUGGUGGCGGCGCCGACAAGCCGGGUCCAGCCUGGGCUGCUCCUGCUCCUGGUCGCCCAGGUGUGUUGCGAGUAUGGCAUGGUACAUGUUCUUUCGGAGAAGGGGAGCAGUAAAGGAAAGGACUACUGUAUCCUCUUCAAUUCUCAGUGGGCCCACUUGCCGCAUGACCUGGGAAAAGCUUCCCUCUUGCCGCUUCAGGAUCAAACAGCGUCUGUCUUGUGUUCUUCUUCUGAUGUACCAGAUGGGGGAUUUCAUAACAGAAUCCCUAUGGUGAUGCGGGGGAACUGCACCUUCUAUGAGAAAGUCAGGCUUGCUCAGAUCAAUGGAGCCCGGGGGUUACUGAUUGUCAGUAGAGAGAAACUGGCUCCCCCAAAAGGUAACUGGAGUCAGUAUGAAGAGAUUGAUAUUCCUGUGGCUUUGCUCAGCUACACUGACAUGUUAGCUAUUGGAAAGAGUUUUGGCAGAUCAGUGAAGGUGGCAAUGUAUGCGCCAAAUGAGCCUGUUCUUGACUAUAACAUGGUGAUUAUCUUUGUAAUGGCUGUGGGCACUGUUGCAAUUGGAGGCUAUUGGGCAGGAAGCAGGGAUGUGAAAAAACGAUACAUGAAGCACAAACGAGAUGACGGGGCAGAAAAACAUGAUGAUGAAACAGUUGAUGUCACUCCCAUCAUGAUCUGUGUAUUUGUGGUGAUGUGCUGCUCUAUGCUGGUCCUCCUUUAUUUCUUCUAUGACCACUUAGUCUAUGUUAUUAUAGGGAUUUUCUGCCUGGCUGCCUCCAUUGGUCUCUACAGUUGUCUGUCUCCCUUUGUAAGAAGAUUCCCAUUGGGGAAGUGCAGAAUCCCUGACAACAACUUGCCUUAUUUUCACAAGCGUCCGCAGGUCCGGAUGUUGCUUCUGGCUGUGUUUUGUAUCUCUAUUAGUGUGGUUUGGGGAGUCUUCAGAAAUGAAGAUCAGUGGGCAUGGGUUCUGCAAGAUGCUCUGGGAAUCGCCUUCUGCCUUUACAUGUUGAAAACAAUCCGCCUACCUACAUUCAAGGGUUGCACCUUGCUCCUGAUGGUUCUUUUUGUGUAUGAUGUGUUCUUCGUAUUCAUCACACCUUUUCUAACAAAGACAGGGCAGAGUAUAAUGGUGGAGGUGGCCACAGGCCCGACUGACUCUGCCACUCAUGAAAAGCUCCCCAUGGUCCUGAAGGUUCCAAGACUGAACUUUUCACCAUUGGCUCUUUGUGAUAGGCCUUUUUCCCUCCUAGGAUUUGGAGACAUCUUAGUUCCAGGCUUACUGGUAGCCUACUGCCAUAGAUUUGAUAUUCAGGUGCAAUCCUCCAGAGUCUAUUUUGUAGCCUGCACUAUAGCAUAUGGCAUUGGCCUUCUGGUGACUUUUGUAGCCUUGGCAUUGAUGCAGAUGGGUCAGCCUGCUCUGCUCUACUUGGUGCCCUGUACUCUUAUCACUAGCUUUGCUGUGGCUCUUUGGCGUAAGGAGCUUGCAAUGUUCUGGACGGGCAGCGGCUUUGCGAAAGACCUACCUCAUCCUCCCUUGGUGCUGGCUCCUGUCAGCUGCCCCAACCCCCCCAAAGAUACGAAUGCACCAGCAUCUCAACAAGAAGCAGAACAACAAAUGACCAACCCCACGCUCCAUGCAGAUGAUCGAAAUAACCCUUCCCUGUGUGCAGAGGAGCUGCCUAACUUGAAUACCAAGGAGCUGACCAAUCCCAGCAUGCGAGCAGAACAGCCACAAAUUUCCAUCCCACAAAUAGAACAACAAACCAGUCAGAACAAGGAUGACCCUGAAAGCAAGAGCCUAACAGUAGAAAAGAACCAGCUGGAUUAGAUGAUGAAAUAGGAAAUCCUUUUCCCCCUUGCCCGUCCCCGUCCCCAUCUCCAAACCUCCCCACAUAAAAUCAGAAAACAAGUAUGUAGACUGGUUCAGUAGUGUUCACAUUCAUUGAGGAACCUCACUGGGAAUCUGAUUAUCAAAUGCAAGGAUAUUCUGCCUUUGACUUCAGAUACAGCUAUACAUUUCAAACAGCUUUCUGAAAUAUGGUGCUUUACAAAAAUUCUGAUGUAUGAAUUUCAGUGAUCAUUUUAUUAGUUGGAUGCCUUUUCUCUUUCCUAUUUCAUUAUACUAGGGUAAUAGUAAGAAUUUUUAUUUAUACAGUACUCUGGGCUUGUGUGGCUGUUGUACUGCUUUAGUAUGGUGUAGAUUAAUGUGGAGGAAAAGCAUCGGACAAGUCUGCUACAAUGCUAAGCGGGGAGAAAUACUGUCGUUUUAUAGAUUUUUCCCUCCUUGAUACUUUUCAAUUUCUGCUUGUAAAAGGCAUUGAUGCAAGUGAAUGGUUUAGUAUAAAUUGACACUCAAGAAAUGUUGAGAACUGGUUAAAUUACCAGCCUUCUGCAAGGAUUUGUUUUCCAUGGUGCAUUAAAUGCAUCUCUUUCCUCAACAUUUUUUUUCCCCACUUCCAGGUGCCUGGGUUGGAUGAUAUUCUAGAUUAAAAGGCAGAAUGCAUUGAUCUCCAGUAAGCACUGUAAGCACUCCUAUGAAUUCUAGGAUCUGUCUUUGAAAUAAAAUGUUCAGUGAGUGGACCUUGCAGAAUAAUACGCAGUAGACAAGCUUACUCGAAGAUCUUUGAUGUUUUGUUUGGUUUUUAAAAGCACCCCACAUCCUUAUUUACCAGAUAAAUCAGAUCAUAAAUAGUAACAUUCUGCACAACUUAGUGAUCUGGCAGAAUGGUCUGCAGGAGACUUUAAGGACUGACUUUGAUUUAGGAAGUUCAGCAGGUUUCUUUGAAUCUCUACUUACUAUUAUUUUUAUGAAUAUAGCUUUGAUUUCUAUGGGUUUGUCUACAUUACAAAUAUUUUGCUGGUAUUGCUAUACCAGUAUAGCUAUGUUGACAAAAACCUCUAGUGUAAAUGCAGGAUAUGCACACGGAAGGGUUUUUUCAGUUGGCAUAGUAACACCACCUCCCCAAAUUAUGUUAGCUAUGCUGACUGCAGCACUCGUCUGUUGUCAUAGUUGCAUGUACACUUGGGGUUUAUAGCAGCGUCGACUGCAGGGAGGGGGUUCUUACCCUUGGUCAACAUAGCUGUGCUGAGAAAACUUUAUAGUGCAGACUUGGCCUAUUGCUGAAGAAAAGUCUGAAGUUCUCUUCAAAGGAGAGCAUGUGGUGCAGCUGUUCAUGGUUUGCAACCUCUUUAUAACUGGUCAGCUGCCACAAGUCAGGUUUUGUUUUUGUCCUGUGAGUGUUCAAAGUGUGACCUGCCAGGUUUUAGAGUGAGGCCAUAGCCACCUUCACUCGUGCUAGAACUGCGGAAUAGAUGCCCUUCCAUGCAAUGGGAGAGCUGCAUCUCCACAACGAAGUUUAGGGAGACUACAGUCUAUUCAGCUUUAACAAUAUUAGGGGCAAUUGCACUUCAUAAAUUGCCAGUGCAGCUUUUCAGUAUCCAAAACGUGGGCAUCUCUUGUGCAACCUGACUCGUUUCUUUGCACACCUGUUGCACAUGCAGAGGGGCAAAGUAGUCAGAUUAACUUUUGUUAAUUAUAAAUAUUAUGUAGAAUCUAUUCUGUUUAAGAAUUUACUGAUCAAAGCCAUUUGAUUUAUUUCUAAGACAUGCACAUUCUUUAUUUUAAUUAUAAACAUUCCAAUCCAUUCAAAAAACCCUUGCAUUUUAAAUGCAAUUAACAAGGUUUUCAGGAACCUGUUAAUAUCCUGGAAAUAGAAUAUAAUCUCCAACUCAAUGAGGAGGGCCAUCCCUCUGCCACUCAAUAAAUACAGUUCUUCUGAGAGAAGAAUUAUUGCAAGACAUAUAGUGUGACACUUUCAAGAGUAUAGUCUCAAUGGACCCAAAAAAUGUAUUAAUAUUAAGCUCCAGUUGGCCUUUUGGAUCAAGUUUUGAAAGGCUUUCAGUUGGCAGCUGUAGGUGAUGAUUCUGUUUCUGUUUUCCUUCCUUUAAGUAGGCCUUCUGAAAGUUUAUGCUGUGUCUUUUAGACUGUAACUGCUUUCCCUCUACUGUUUCAUGUUAAGUGGACAAUAUUCGUUUUCCAGAAUAUUAGAGGCUUUCUGUAAAACUACACUAUGGGUUCAGAAGUUUACCAUCUUCUGCCUAAGCCUUGAUGACCUUAACUGGGCUCUGUCUGCCAAGUUGACUCAUUUCUGGCUGAAAUGAUGGUGAGUUUCUUGAAAGGUUUGAGUCCUAAAGUCUGUAGUGUGUUCAGAUUUGUUUUUCAAAUUAACUGAAUGCAACAUGUUUUGAACAGUACUAAAGAGAUUUUACCUAUUUUAUUUCCUCUUCUCCUUUCUGAGCAGUGUUGCUUUUGCUGAGGGUAAGCUGAACCAGCUUUUAGUCAUGCAGAGUGACAGAGAUGCUUGUGUUGGACACUUCAGCCAGCUGGAUGAUGCCUUAAUUUAAGCCAUUUUAUAAAUAUGUAUAUUAAACAUUUAUUAAAAAAAACUGUUUAAAUAAUAAACUUGACAGACAAAUGCCAGGAAAUUCAAAGUUGAGGCUGAUGUGUCAUGACAUUUGAAUUUCCUUUUGCCUUGAUUCUCUUUCAACCAUAACAUUAAACAUAAUUUUUAUAUAUCUAAUAUUCAACCUGUUUUAUUUGGUGAUAAAGUAUUAAGUUUUAUCAAACUUCCUGAAACAUACAUUUCUUUUCAUUUGCUGUGGUGUUGCUUCCAGAGGUGAAACAGAGGUCUGAUGGGAGAACGUAGACCAUCAUGUUGCCUGUAAUUAAAUUGAAAAGAAAGAAUUCAGAGCAUUAUAACUAACUUCUAGUAAGCAUUUUAAAGUCACUUUUAUUGUGUAGUCUUCUUGGCUAAUCUGUUUAGGAGAGAUAAGUUGCCUUUGCUUUUGUGAAUUAUCCCAACAAAUAUGUGCACGUUUCACCUCCUGUAAAGACAUGUAAGGAAAUGGAUCUGUUUAGCACACUAAUGCAAGACCUCUGGUUAAAAUAGGUGAUUUGGAGAUGCUUUGACCAUUACAAUACUGUUUAAAUCAGGUGACCCUGAUUGUUCUCUGUGGCUGAGACUAUCUGGGCUCUGUCUCUGUGCAGAGCAGUAACACUCUCCAUCAUGAUGAACCAGUUUGUUUUAAAUGUUUCAUUAUAAGGUUACAUUUUUCUAUUUUUUUUUUUUAAAGCUUCCUUGAUUGGUUUUAAUAUUGUAAAACUCAAUAUUGCAUUGAAAAGAGCUAACAAUAUUUUCAUAAGUUUCAUUUAUAAUUUGAUAGCAAACUUGUCAGUCCAAUGCCAAAUUAUUGUUGAAAUGCACAUUUUAAAAGUAAUGCUGAAGCGUUUAAUAUUUACAUCCUUCAGUAUCUGGUUAACUGAAAAUUAAUUUGCUAUAAUAAUCAGAGGAUAAAGAAUUUACUUCCACAAAUUUGUGUGUGUUCAGUCACAAGUACUUGUUUUAGUGACAUACAUUUUUCCUGUUUCAUACUCCUUUAGAAUCUCUACAACAGUGGGAGAGGGGAACUAGGUUUAUUUUGGCUCAGGUAUCAUAAAAUUCUAAUUAGCACACCAAAUCCUGUCUUCAGUUCCACCUGUCUGUCCUGUUGAAGACAGAGGGGUUGCACAGAUGGAACAGAGGACAGAAUCUGGCCUGCAGAAUUUUGAAUAGAGGUGGUACAUGAGUCAGAAACACUCAGAACACUAUUUUAAAUUAUACUUCUCUUUCUUUAGUCAUAUUACACAUGAAGAGUAUUUUUAAGUGCAAUCCAUGAGAAAACUUAUACUGCUUUUUAAGAUAACAGUGAAAGAUAAGACAACUCCGCAAGAUGUAGAAAUUAAACCCCUGAACCACUUAUCAUUGACUGAAGGUGAACUUGUAAUCUAAUCAAUCAAUGAAGUUCCUAGAAAAAAGGAGGGGGGGAAAUCAGCAGCAUGCAUUCAGUUUUUUUUCUGCAUCUUUUCCUGUAGAAGAUUGCCAGUUUACUCCAUUGUUUUUAUCCUUUUUUUGUAUUAACCAUCUCUAAUCUGGUUAUUCUAGUAGCUGAUUUCUUUAUCUCUCAGCUGAACUUUCAAGCCUUUCCUUUAGACUUUGCAUCUGUGUUACGAUUGCCCUCAAACUCUCCCUCACAUUCCUACUGACUUAAAAGUCUUAAAAGCAUUUUUCGCAGCAGUGUGCAGUUUCUUGAGCCAAGUUUGUUUUUGUACCCAUGAUCUGUGUAUCUGAAGGUAUGUCUUCACUACCAGCCGGAUCAGUGAGCAGCGAUCGAUCCAGCGGGGAUCGAUUUAUUGCGUCUAGUCUAGACACGAUAAAUUGACCCCCGAGCACUCUCCCAUCGACUCCUGUACUCAAGCUCUGCGAGAGGUGCAGGAAGAGUCGAUGGGGGAGCGGCAGCAAUCGACUCACCGCGGUGAAGACACCAUGGUAAAUCGAUCUAAGUACGUCGACUUCAGCUACGUUAUCCACGUAGCUGAAGUUGCGUAACUCUAGAUCGAUUCCUCCCCUCCCCCCCCAAGUGUAGACCAGGGCUAAGAUUGAGAGCUCCAUGAGUGUGAUGGCAGAACGUUAGGAAAGACAGCAGUGACCAGUGGUGACAGAGAGGGACCAGGCAGUGUUACUUUGGUUCACCGUACUGCGGCAGGGCUUUGAGGUAGUAGCUGCAUUAUCUGGGCAACUAAUAGAAAGAUGGUGAAUUGCCAUCUGCUUGCAAUUUUGACCUCUGUGUUGUGUACUGUCCUGGAAGCUCUCAUGGUCCUUUAUAAAGACAUGGGAUUUUAAAGGCUGUUUUCUACUAAAACCCUGUUCUUCUGUAACUCAGUCCAUGUUGAAGCAUCUUUCCAAAUAAAAUGAUUGAGCAGACA